AUGAUGAAGCCAACAAGAGUUUUUAUAAAUUUUCUUUGUUUUGUAUUUUUCUUGUUUUGGAGUUGUUCAUGUUCAAAUGCUUUGCUUUCUUCUAAAGGUGUAAACUUUGAAGUUCAAGCUUUAAUGGAUAUAAAAGAAUUUCUAGUGGAUCCACAUGGUGUUCUUGAUAAUUGGGAUGGUGAUGCAGUUGAUCCAUGUAGUUGGACUAUGGUUACAUGUUCUAAUGAAAAUCUUGUCAUUGGAUUGGGCACUCCGAGUCAAAGUUUAUCAGGUACUCUGUCUCCAAGCAUAGGGAAUUUAACCAACCUUCAGAUUGUGCUGCUGCAGAAUAACAACAUAACCGGGUCAAUCCCUUCGGAAUUAGGAAAACUUCCUAAGCUUCAGACUCUUGAUCUCUCUAACAAUUUCUUCCGUGGUGAAAUUCCUCCUUCUCUCGGACACUUGAAAAGCCUUCAAUACUUGAGGUUUAAUAAUAACAGUCUUGUUGGUGAAUGUCCAGAAUCACUGGCUAACAUGACACAACUUUCUUUUCUUGAUUUGUCUUACAAUAAUCUCAGUGGACCUGUACCGAGAAUUUUGGCAAAAUCAUUUAGCAUUGUUGGUAAUCCUCUUGUUUGUGCUACUGGAAAUGAACCAAACUGUCAUGGGAUGACAUUGAUGCCAAUAUCCAUGAAUUUAAACAAUACUAAUCUAGACGUUUUACCAUCGAGCAAACCAAAAAGUCAUAAAAUGGCGAUAGUCUUCGGCUUGAGUCUUGGAUGUCUCUGCUUGAUAGUUAUUGGUUUCGGACUUGUUCUUUGGUGGAGACACAGGCAUAAUCAACAACCAUUCUUUGAUGUCAAAGACCGGCAUCACGAAGAAGUUUAUCUGGGAAACUUGAAGAGAUUUCCAUUCAGAGAACUCCAAGUUGCGACUCACAACUUCAGCAACAAAAACUUAGUUGGAAAAGGCGGUUUUGGAAAUGUCUACAAAGGAAUUCUCUCGGACGGAACUGCUGUAGCUGUCAAGAGGCUUAAAGAUGGAAAUGCAAUCGGAGGAGAGAUUCAGUUUCAGACUGAAGUUGAAAUGAUUAGCCUUGCAGUACAUAGAAAUCUGCUUCGACUUUAUGGAUUUUGCAUGACAUCGUCCGAAAGACUUUUAGUUUAUCCUUACAUGUGCAACGGAAGUGUCGCUUCUCGUUUGAAGGGUAAACCCGUCUUGGAUUGGGGAACAAGGAAGAACAUUGCUUUAGGAGCAGCAAGGGGACUACUAUACCUUCAUGAACAAUGUGAUCCAAAGAUAAUUCAUAGGGAUGUGAAAGCUGCAAACAUAUUACUUGAUAACUAUUGUGAAGCUGUAGUUGGUGAUUUCGGUUUGGCAAAGCUUUUGGAUCAUCAAGAUUCACAUGUCACAACAGCCGUGAGAGGAACCGUAGGACAUAUUGCACCCGAAUAUCUUUCAACGGGACAAUCCUCUGAGAAAACUGAUGUGUUUGGAUUUGGCAUUCUUCUUCUUGAACUAAUUACAGGUCAGAGAGCCUUAGAAUUUGGAAAAGCUGCAAAUCAAAAAGGAGCCAUGCUUGAUUGGGUGAAGAAAAUUCAUCAAGAGAAGAAACUCGAACUCCUUGUAGACAAAGAUCUAAAAACCAACUACGACAAAAUCGAGCUCGAAGAAAUGGUUCAAGUAGCCCUCUUAUGCACUCAAUAUCUUCCAAGCCAUAGACCUAAAAUGUCAGAAGUUGUAAGAAUGCUUGAAGGCGAUGGACUAGCCGAGAGAUGGGAAGCUUCACAAAGAACAGACACUUCCAAAUGGAAACAUCAUGAAUCAUCUUUAUCAGAUAGAUAUUCUGAUCUCACUGAUGAUUCUGUGUUAUUAGUCCAAGCUAUGGAGCUUUCAGGACCAAGAUGA